CGGGCGGCCGGCCGCGCGCGCAUGCGCAGAGCGGCGGGGCCGGAAGCAGGAGCGUCGUCGAGUCCGACAUGGCAGAGGUGGAAGAAACCCUGAAGCGGAUCCAGAGCCAGAAGGGCGUCCAGGGCAUCAUUGUCGUCAAUGCAGAAGGCAUCCCCAUCAAAAGCACCAUGGACAACUCCACCACCGUGCAGUACGCGGGCCUGAUGCACAACUUCAUCAUGAAGGCCCGGGGGACCGUCCGUGACAUCGACCCGCAGAACGACCUCACCUUCCUGCGGAUCCGGUCCAAAAAGAAUGAGAUCAUGGUCGCCCCAGACAAAGACUAUUUCCUGAUCGUGAUCCAGAACCCAACGGAAUAAAGCAGUCGCGGGGCAACCUUUUUCCUUAACUUAAUAGCAUUCCCAGAGCCCUAUAUCGUCUGUCGUCGUCCCGGGCCCCUGAGCGGCGAGGUGGAAACCACGCAGCUCACUGACCGGAUGGCCGAGGCCCAGGUCGGAAGCAUCCGGGCUGCCGCGAGGGCACCUGGCUCGACCGAGUCCGUGUGGCCGACCUCUCUCCUGACCCUCGUGAACCCCUUCUCCCUCAAGCAGAAAUAGGAAACUCUCGCUUGCCACUUA